UCUAGACCUACUGAAGAUUCUGUAAUGAUACAUGAGUUAUCGAAGUGUUACUGUUUGACCUCCUGACUAGCCUACAUGAGUUACAGCAAAGAAAAUGUGUUUUUCUGAUAAUUCUAAAGCAUUUACUUUAACGGCUCACACACACACACACAUUGACACAAAUGAUAAAAGGCCGCUAAUACACAGUCACACACACACACACACACAGAACCAAUAUACUGACGAUGUAACCGAUCAUUAUUCAGUGAAAUUGUUGUUGUUGUUUUUUUAUGCUGUAACACAGUUUGUGAAGCGUUUAUAAGCAAUCAUUACUUUCAAGCAUAGCUUAGUGUCCAGAUGUCUAGACUUACAAUAUAUUUCACCACUGUAAUUUGUUUCGGAUAUGAUGUGCAACAAUUUGGGUGAAUAUGUUUAAAACGGCUGGCACUUUCAACUUGGACUUGGUCUCAGAAAGUACAGGCUAUGGAAGCUUGACUAACACGAGUGCUGUCCCUUAAACAACCUUACAGGGAAAGACAACCUGUGUCCGAUUGACAGUCAUCCCCCCUUAUGCAUCCUGUUAUUUUUGCUACUAGAUGACAGGUUCUUGUAGAAGGACAACACCUAUUGCUACAGUGAUACCAGGUAGACUUCAGUGUGGACUACUUGUUUACUUCGGCACCAUAACCAUAUGGUUUGAUUUACAGUCUUAGUCUUAUUGAUUCAGUGUGUACAAGUAAGGCUCGAUGAAAUGAAUCCUGGUGCGAAGGGAAGUAACUAAUCUCUGUGGACACACAUUGUUAAAAUCUUCUUUCAAGUCAAUACUUUGAAAUUACAAUUGAACCUUUUCGACACUAGUACUGAAGCCUUGACCAUGAUACUUGCAUUUGUGUUGUCUCUGACACUGUCAGCAGUAGCGUCAGAAUUUCAACUCACCAUCUUACACACAAACGAUGUUCACGCCAGGAUUGAACAAACUGACAUAAACAGUGCGCCCUGUACCACUGAUGCGGCAGCUAAUGGUAAAUGCUUUGGCGGCGCUGCCAGGCUUCGAACAAAGGUCCAAGAACUACGUGCAAAGUUUCCAAAUGUCCUUCUGUUGGACGCUGGGGAUCAGUUCCAAGGGACCAUCUGGUUUUACAAGUUUGGGGGAUUAGCUGCAGCUAGCUUUAUGAACCUUAUUCAGUACGAUGUCAUGGCAAUAGGGAACCAUGAGUUUGACACCGGAGUUGCUGGCCUUCUACCGUUUGUCCGAAACGUCUCGUUCCCUCUGAUCUCCAGUAACAUGAACUUAAACAAUACACCGCCAUUGCAAGGUCUCAUCAAGCCUUCAACUGUGCUCACCAUUGGUGGUCAGAGAAUAGGCGUGGUAGGGUACACCACAACAGAUACUUCUUUCAUCUCUCAACCUGAAACGGUUACAUUCACUGAAGAACUCAAAGCUGUGCAGACGGAAGUCGACAAAUUGACAGCGUUAGGGAUUAACAAGAUCAUCGCCCUGGGGCAUUCAGGCUUUGUCAUGGAUUUGGAGCUCGCCAAACGACUUCAAGACGUGGACAUUGUUGUUGGUGGUCAUACCAAUACAUUUUUAUACAAUGGUACUGCGCCGUCUAAUGAAAAGCCAGAAGGCGUAUACCCUACUGUACUAGACAGCCAAGACAAAAGUCACAAAGUGUUGGUCAUUCAAGACUACGCCUAUGGGAAAUAUUUAGGCGAGCUUCACGUGACCUUUGAUGACCAAGGCAAAGUGGCGUCCUGGAGUGGAAACCCUGUGUUGCUGGACAACUCAGUGCCACAAGACAAUGAAACACUUGACGUCAUCAAAUCUUACCUUCCUGAGAUCGAACUAUUAAAGAACACAACCAUAGGUCGAACUAACGUUGAUCUAAUGGCAGAUAGACUUCAAUGUAGAACGACAGAGUGUAACUUGGGCAACGUCAUUACCGACGCCAUGUUGGCGGCCAACAUUUUCACACCUAGAAAUGGGUCUUGGAAUGUUGUCAGUAUGGCCGUGACAAAUGCCGGAAGCUUUCGAGCGUCCAUUGCCACAGGUCCAAUCACCAUUGAGAAUGUCAUAUUUACUCAACCUUUCCGCAACACCAUUGACAUCAUCACUGUCAAAGGGCAGACAAUUAAAGACAUGUUUGAACUGGUGGCCUCCAAGUGGUCGAUUGAGACUUCUCAGCUGUACGGAGGAUUUCUCCAAGUUUCUGGACUGCAGGUCACCUACGAUGUCACUAAGGCCAAGGGUUCUAAAGUUGUUGAUAUUAAAGUCACCUGCACCAAAUGUCAAGUCCCUAGGUUAGUGCCGAUUGAUUUAAAGGAGGAAUAUAAUUUGUUGUGUGGAUCAUUUCUCUACAAUGGAGGGGAUGGGCUGACCAUGUUUCCUGGCAGUAUCAUCAGAAAAGAAAUUAUAGGCAAAAUCGACACUGACGUUUUAAUAGACUACAUCAAAACGUAUUCCCCGAUAACACUCGGACUACAAGGCAGAAUACGUCACGUGCAAGAUUUAGACAAUGACAAACCUUGUUCCACUACUAGCCCAAACUCUGCAGUGGGCUGGCAGCCAUCUUUGUUUUGGACAUCGCUUGUACUGCUUCUGAUCAUCGCUUCCAUUUAACUGUCAGAUCAAAAUAGUUCAUUGUUCAUUUUAACUUGUAGGCCCAUGUUGUGGGAGAUCAAAAUAGUUCAUUGUUCAUUUUAACAUGUAGGCCCAUGUUGUGGGAGAUCAAAAUAGUUCAUUGUUCAUUUUAACUUGUAGGCCCAUAUUGUGGGAGAUCAAAAUAGUUCAUUGUUCAUUUUAACUUGUAGGCCCAUAUUGUGGGAGAUCAAAAUAGUUCAUUGUUCAUUUUAACCUGUAGGCCCAUGUUGUGGGAGAUAAAAAUAUUUUGUUGUUAUUUACAGUGUGAUUAUAAAAAUAUUUUGUUGUUAUUUACAGUGUGAUUAUAAAAAUAUUUUGUUGUUAUUUACAGUGUGAUU